AAAUAGCACAUCGCUAAACAUCUGGCUUGCUCUUGUUGUGUAAUUGAAACGCGUAUUUUCAAUAAAAGACGCCCACAAUGUCCGCACCCACUGCCCGUGGUACAACAUCCUUGCUGAAGCGCGCCUGGAACGAGAUACCCGAUAUUGUUGGCGGCUCCGCUUUGGCCAUCGCUGGUAUUUUUAUGGCUGGAAUUGGCUUGGCCAACUACUAUGCCAAGGAUGGAGACAAUCGCCUCUACAAGACGAGCUACGUUGUCUUCCGUCACGACGAUCCGCGUGCCAAGAAAGUGCGCACCGAUGAAGAUGAUUAAAUGAAAAUGAUGUGCAACUGCGAUCUUUAUCCUCUUUUUUUUCGCAAUAUAAAUAGCCAAGUACAACAAAACUAAA